AUGUGGUCCGCAGACGUUGUACAAGUUGAACCGAAGCCGUGGGAAAAUGACGAAGAUGCAUUUUUUCGCUGCGAGGGUAAAAUGGCUAUAACUAUUUUUCGAACAAGGCUAGAUACUUGCGGUUUUCACCAUUCGGUUCAACUUGUUCAGCUCUACAAUAUGAGAUAGUUCUCGUUGCUGACGUCAAAGGUCGAUGAAAAUGGUGGUAGGUUUUAUCUGGAUCAGAGAUCGAAACGGGUCGGGUCAGCUCAUGUUCGGGUCAGCCUGGGUUCGGGACAUGUUUGGUUGACCAGUUUCUGUUCAAAGUCAGGUCAGUAUAAGAAAAACUACCUGAAUUACCCAAACUUUUCCACUCAUAAAAGGAAAAAAUUACAGAAAUCGUAAGGAAUCUGACCAUUCCUUUGAAAAAAUUUCAAAACAACCUGACUAAGAUAACUUUUCUAUAGGAAAGAAGUGUUUCUUUGUGAAUGUGUACGAAAAUAUUUUCAUGUUUCGGUUAUACCCAAGCAUCAAAAACAAUCUAUUACCACCCGUUUCAUCUAAAUUACCAGAUUUUUACUCGAUUGCAACUAUUGAGUGACGACAGUGAAAUUUUCGUGUCCGUUCGGAUCGGGUCGGAUCAACAUAUAAGAUAUCGAUUCGGGUCAACUCACGUUCGGGUGGAGUCGGGUUCGGGUCACGUUUUGUUGACCCAUUUUGGUCUCUGAUGUGGAUUGAGUCGAUUGAGCAGCUUCUGCAGUACUUGGUCGUCGUUUAUCUGCAAUGACUAAAACGUACGGUUGGUUAAGCCUGGAUUAAAAGAUCUUUUUUGAUGAAAUAUUCACCGUUGCUUUUGCAUUUGUUCGUCUGCAUUCAGAGCGACCAUUCGGUAUAAAAUAUAAUAGAGCAUAUUUAUAGCUGAAAUAUACCACAAAAAGCGCAUUUACUCAAUGCAAAUAUAUAAAAAUUAGUUGUUAACGUCUUAUGAUUUCAAAUGGUACACUACCUAUAUAUAUUUCUACGUAUAUUUAUUUAUCAUAUUGUAAUAUCGUUUUACUGUUUCCGUUAUUAAAACAGAAAGACGUUUAUUUGACUGCUUGUGUGUAAGUUAUUUAUCUGGAUAACACGAAAAAAUCUAGAUAAACUUAUAACUGAUGCCGUAUUUCGUAAUACAAAAACCUUUUUAUUUAGUCUUAAUCAACCAUACGUUUUAUGAAGAAAUUUGCAUAUUUUAUUAGGAAUAUACGUACGCUGUAUCAAAUUAUUUUUCUGUUAUAGACAGUGAGGAAGUUUCUUUGAGAGGAAUUAUCAAUAUAACUUAGUGAUCCUGGAGACUAGUCCAAAUCCAAUGAGUAGGAAGAGUAGCUGAAGAUCAACUUGAUAAAAUUGAUCAUCGGCAAAUCAAGAUUGCAAGCCUUAAUGUUUGCGUUUAAAUCUUUCGAUGCAAUACUGCCUGUUCUAUCAACACCUAUCUCUCUUAAGAUUAUUCAUCAUCUGAAGAGUCAGCACGAAAGUCGUUUAAAAACCGGCUAUUUGAUAUUAACUUUUCAAACAGUAACAAAGAACUAUUCAAUUCAGUAUGUCCAAAUAGAAACAAGCUAAAAGUUUUAGUUAACCAACUGAAUUGAAUAGUUCUUUGUUACUGUUUGAAAAGUUAAUAUCAAAUAGCCG